UGUCCUGUCCAUGGCUGGAUCUCCAGCGCCUUGGACAGCUCCUGGCACCCAGUAGGCCCUCAGUCCUUGGAUGGCCGACUGCAGGUGUCCCAUCGGAAGGGGCUCCCCCAUGUCAUCUACUGCCGCCUGUGGCGAUGGCCUGACCUGCACAGCCACCACGAGCUGCGGGCCAUGGAGCUGUGUGAGUUCGCCUUCAACAUGAAGAAGGACGAGGUCUGCGUGAACCCCUACCACUAUCAGAGGGUAGAGACCCCAGUUCUACCUCCUGUGUUGGUUCCACGCCACACAGAGAUCCCGGCCGAGUUCCCCCCGCUGGACGACUACAGCCAUUCCAUCCCCGAAAACACUAACUUCCCCGCGGGCAUCGAGCCGCAGAGCAAUAUUCCAGAAACCCCACCCCCUGGCUACCUGAGUGAAGAUGGAGAGACCAGUGACCACCAGAUGAACCACAGCAUGGAUGCAGGUUCGCCAAACCUGUCCCCGAAUCCGAUGUCCCCAGCACACAGUAACUUGGACCUGCAGCCUGUCACCUACUGCGAGCCGGCUUUCUGGUGCUCCAUCUCCUACUACGAGUUGAACCAGCGCGUCGGGGAGACAUUCCAUGCCUCGCAGCCAUCCAUGACCGUGGAUGGCUUCACCGACCCCUCCAACUCAGAGCGCUUCUGCCUAGGGCUACUUUCCAAUGUCAACAGGAACGCGGCCGUGGAACUCACACGGAGACACAUCGGGCGAGGCGUGCGGCUGUACUACAUCGGAGGGGAGGUCUUUGCAGAGUGCCUCAGCGACAGUGCCAUCUUCGUGCAGUCCCCCAACUGUAAUCAGCGCUACGGCUGGCACCCGGCCACCGUCUGCAAGAUUCCACCAGGAUGCAACCUGAAGAUCUUCAACAACCAGGAGUUCGCCGCCCUCCUGGCUCAGUCCGUCAACCAGGGCUUUGAGGCCGUGUACCAGCUGACGCGCAUGUGCACCAUCCGCAUGAGCUUCGUCAAAGGCUGGGGGGCAGAGUACAGGAGACAGACAGUGACCAGCACCCCCUGCUGGAUCGAGCUGCACCUGAAUGGGCCAUUGCAGUGGCUUGACAAGGUCCUCACCCAGAUGGGCUCCCCAAGCAUCCGCUGUUCCAGUGUGUCUUAGAGACAUUGGGUGUGAAGGGGGAGGGCGGGGAGGGCGGGCUUGGGGAAAAUGGCCAUGAGGAGGUGGAGAAAAUUGGAACUCAACUCAACUGUUGUCAAGGAAGAAGAAAUGUUCCUUCCUCAACCAACGUGGCACCAACCUGUUCUCCAAAACACAAAAGCCAACCCAGAGAUGGAUUUUAUGAACAGCUGUUGUCUGCUGUACACAUUUGCCCUUUGGCCUCAGUUUGAAGGGCAAGAAAUGUCUUUUGCUUUGGUGGCUUGAGCAAACAGGUAGUUAUGUCACCACCUGUCCCUUCCCCCUAGCUCCCUUCUUUUUUAAUGACAACAAUCUGGGAUGUCACUGUCCAACAGGAAACGGCUGUCUGUUCAGGACUGCAGAGUGGAGUUCACCGUGGAUGUUCUAGGUAGGGGAAGGCCUGCAGGUGGGUGAGCAAACCUCACGUCCAGCCCUCUGGCGCUUUUGACAUAUGCCUCUUCAACGGAGCAUAGGGAGCCCCAGCACUCCCUUUGCAGACCCUGCAGGGGAGCUGGACUAACUUGGGGUGGAGAGGGGCCUAUCGCCUCCCCCUCAGAACAUACUGAUUGGUGUAUGUUCAGACCACACAGGGACAGUGGGAAAAGUUGGACAGUGAGCCCUCUUCUUUAAAAAUGCUCUUAAAUUUGUCCUUUCUCACUUUGAGCAUUUAGAAGGAUUUGCUGAGGCUCAGUGCAAUGUACAGUUUAUGUUAUCGCGUUAUUCUCCAUGAAGUAUUCACACGAAGCAAGAGGCACUGUGGAAUGAUGGCGUUCAGGCUAAGGCAGCACUACAUUGCAUGGGCCCCGGUCCCAAGAGCUCAUUUCGUAUUCUUAUGCAUUCGGCUAUAUUGGUUUAUGUAGUCAAGUUGCAUUAAUUAAAUGAACUUUAUCCUGUGCUCUUUUAAAUGUUUGUUUUAUACUUCUAAAACCUGGGUUGGCACAUUGGGAAACCAGAGCGGGACCUAGCCACUUCUCUCUCAAGUUGAAGUUUUGCAGGUUUUGUUGAGAAGACACCUGCCAGCGCUUUUGGAAGCUGACAUUAACAGAAGCAAAUUCACCAGAAGGGAAAAAUCUCAGGCCAACAUAGGCAAAUGAAAGGGCUAUUAAAAUUUUUUUUACACCUUUGAAAAUUGCAGGCUUGGUACAAAGAGGUCUGUCAUCUUUCCCUUGGGAUAUAAGAUUAUCUAGUUCACAGCAGAGGAUUAUCAGUGACAACUCUAGCAGUUAUAUUGUGUAAUAAGUACUAUUCCCAGUGGCAAUUAGUGAGAAAAUUAUUAUAAAUUAUUUCAACUGGAAAAAAAUAAAAGAGGCAAGCCCUUUUCUGGCCUUUUGCAGAAUACAGCAGACAGAAGUGUCACUUGCAAUUGGUACUUUAUUCUUUGCUGCUGUUUUUGUAUGAAAUGACUUAUCCCAUAUUUCUGUAUGGGUUUCUACCAGGAAAAAUAAAGGGGCUUCCUAUGGAAGUCCUGUCUUAUUCCAGGUGAAGGAAGAAAGUGAGUACUUUUGACAGGUGUCAACCUCAAGUAUGAUGACAUUUCUGAUACUGGAAGGAGAUGGUGGGGGCUUCCUGGUGCCUCACCUGCAGGAACCUACGCCUCGGAAGCUCUGGCUUUGAGGUUUCCAGGUAGGCGAGGUGCUCGCCAAGCCUCCUGAGGACACGGGGAGACAGGAGGAACACCUUGGCAGACCCAUGCUAGUCUUCUCACAGGGCUGUUGUCACAGAACCCUCAGACAACACAGAGCCCUUCGUUCCACCUAAGAGGGCCACAUACUGUGUAUCUGAAGCUUGGGCCUGGUGUGAAAUGAUCUGUGGACAACUUUGUACAGAGACAGGUGGCCGUCUGAACCUCCUGGAUGUGUAUUCAUGUUCCCAGUCAGGUCUGAGAUGCGUGCUUUGUGUGAUUCCAUGUUGACCUCUUCUGAAAGCCGUGGGCAGUGGUUUCUGAGGGCCUGCAUUGUCCACCUGCUGCCUGACCCCGUGAGGGCUUCCUGUGGCGCAUAGCUGUCCUCCAGGUACUUGGCAACUAGCUUCAGGUACAGCCCAGUCUUUCCAAUUGACUAGUCACGUUUGGCUACCUUUGGAUGGUGUCUUAGAACCCUCACUGCUCAACUGAAGGCGACUGCUAGGAGGCAGGAAGUUUUAGUUCUGUUUUCCCUAAAGCUACUUACUUGGUUCCUUUUCUUUAUAGACUAGACCGCUGGAGGAGGCAGCAUAAGGAAAAUAUAGGUAAGCCCACCGCUGGUACCCCUGAAAAUAAAUUCGGCCGUACCUAGAGGUUAAGGUAGGACCUGGCGCCAGUUCCAUCACAGGCUGCAUAGAGGGUGCUUUAGAGCAUGUGUAAUAUUUGUGUCCUUCGUCACAAAAACGUUUCAUUUUUAAAAUCCUGUUGUAUGAAAGACAUUGUUGCAUUUAAAAACUUUUCUAAAGGACAGUUGAAAGAGGCAACAGCCGCUUCCGAUGCGUGUGGUUCCCUUGCCACAGGCUCCCCACCAGGUCGCCUUCACCUUGGGGCCUCAAGAGUAGCUAGCCCUGGGGCACAGGCCCGCAGUCUAAGCACCUCCCCCAGAGCCAACUUCUGUUCCCUUUCCUCUCCUCCCUCUUCCAAACUUAAUUUAGUAACGUAGAUCCUUCCAGCACAGCCGUAGGUAGCCGCCCCCGUGGGUUCCGGUUACAGGCCUGUGCUGAAACAUCAUCUCAGUUGGCCACCUUCCUGGCAGGCUGCAGAAGAUCUGACAUUUUGAGACAAGCCUAGUAGAGUCAGGAGCGGGGACUUUGACUCUUAGGAAGAACACACAUGAGGGCAAGGCUGCUGGCAGACUUUUCCAUUGUCCUUAUGUUGUCUGUGUUGUAUUUUUUUAUUGACCGUGAUUAUUUUUUUAAAUCAUUGUUAAUGUAUUGGAAUGAGCUGUAGCACGUUAUCUUGUGCUUAGCUUUUGUUUUUCUCCAUCUCUCCCCUUGGCUUCCUAGUUUGGACAUAUUCCAGGGCUAAAUGCUUUUAUUCAAACCGCAGAAAAAGGUUUUCUUGAAGUCGUGUGUGCAUGUCAUGCAUGUAUGUGAGUGGUCUGGGGAGAAGGCAGAUACCUGACUUCAUCCUUAGCCCCAGGCUGCCAUUUCUGAGACUCCCUGCCAGGAGGGGGCAGCGCCAUCAGGCCCCUCUCUGUAGCAGUCCUUAAAAGGAGAGGGAGGGAGAGGAAUCGGCACACUGCUCAUGGGACUAUUUACCAGGGGUUACCAGUGGCGAGAGGGCACGAGUUUAGUUCUGGAUCCUGUCUUACUGUGUGACUGUAAGUGGCAGAGUUGGGCGUUCUCCCAAAAUCUACAUGUGUCUCCACUUUCCUAGAAGAAAACCUCAACACAGCUAAGUUGUACCAUUUUUCUUGGUGUGGCAUCAGUGUUCCCUUCUAAAACCCCUUCAAGUAUCAGUCUUCACAAUGUAUGUCACCCUUUUAAGGAGUAUCAUCUACUUCUCAAGUGGGUGGGAAAGUAGAACAAUGUAUACAGAGGACAUGGGUCCACAAUGAAGACGCGGCACCUCUGCUGGGAGGGUGCCAGUCAGUGGGGAAGUGACAUACAGGCAGCUCUGCAGAAACACAGCAAACUCGCCUAGCGUGUAAACUGGAUUGAGAAAUUCUCUGAUUCUAUAAUUGAUUUUCUUAUUUUACGCUCAAGUCAUGUACAUUCUCUCAUCCUGGUGUUUCACAUUUAUGUAGUGUCUUAAAACCAUUCGAGACAGACAACUAUUCAAGACAGACAACUAUUUAAUUUUUGGAAGCAAAGUGGGAAAGCUCUCCUCCCAAGGACAGUGGCUGGGAAGAGCUGGGGGCACAGCCGGGUCUAAAUGUGGGCUGGGGAACGCAGUGGCUUUUUGACUCCACGCCAGGUCGCAGUGUGAGAGAACUUGACACAACGGCUGGAGCCCCCGUUCUCCAACACGCCUUCUCUCACCCCCUCACUGCUGCUGCUGCAACCAGGCUGCUGUUCGGUGCACGUUUGGUGGGGGAAUAAAGCGUGGACAGCGUUGAUCGCCUUCACUUCUCAGCCAGCCUCACCUUUUAAUACCUUUGUAAAAAGCAUGUAUGUAUUUAUAGUGUUUUAGAUUUUUCUAACUUUUGUAUCUUAAGAGCAGAGCACCUCUUUAAGCAUUGUACUAUUGUUAAAAAAAAAAAAAAGAUUUGUGUCCUCUUUCUCCUUCUCUUCCCCCUGUAAGUGCCCUUCUAAUAAACUUUUCAUUGAAAAGCU